GGGAUACAGGGAGGGGCCAUGUGUGAACCAGGGAGACCUCAUCUUCCAACCAAGCUUGCUGGGCUAGCUUUAAUCAAUGCUGGCCUGAGAACAGGAGCAGAACGCUGCCUAGUAGACCCUGAGGCUUUACAACAGUGUCACUGACCCUUAUGAGCCUGACGCUGGAUGACCAAGCCCCUGUGGAGGCCCAGUAUGCAGAGGAGGGCCCAGGAUCUGGGAUCUUCAGAGCAGAGCCUGGAGACCAGCAGCAUCCCAUUUCUCAGGCGGUGUGCUGGCACUCCAUGCGACGAGGCUGUGCAGUGCUGGGAGCCCUGGGGCUGCUGGCCGGUGUGGGUGUUGGCUCCUGGCUCCUAGUGCUGUACCUGUGUCCUGUGGCCUCUCAGCCCAUUUCUGGAACCUUGCAGGAUGAGGAGAUAACUUUGAGCUGCUCCGAGGCUAGUGGUGAGGAAGCUCUGCUCCCUGCACUUCCCAAAACAGUAUCUUUCAGAAUAAACAGCAAAGACUUCUUGCUGGAAGUGCAAGUGAGGGAUCGGCCACACUGGCUUCUGGUCUGCCAUGAGGGCUGGAGCCCCACCCUGGGGCUACAGGUCUGCUGGAGCCUUGGGCAUCUCAGACUCACUCACCACAAGGGAGUAAACCUCACUGACAUCAAACUCAACAGCUCCCAGGAGUUUGCUCAGCUCUCUCCUAGACUGGAAGGCUUUCUGGAGGAGGUGUGGCAGCCCAGGAACAACUGCACUUCUGGUCGAGUUGUUUCCCUCAGAUGCUCUGAGUGUGGAGCGAGGCCCCUGGCUUCCCGGAUAGUCGGCGGGCAGGCUGUGGCUCCUGGGCGGUGGCCGUGGCAGGCCAGUGUGGCCCUGGGCUCCCGGCACACGUGUGCGGGCUCUGUGCUAGCGCCACACUGGGUGGUGACUGCUGCACACUGUAUGCACAGUUUCAGGCUGUCCCGCCUGUCCAGCUGGCGGGUUUAUGCGGGGCUGGUCAGCCACAGUGCCGUCAGGCCCCACCAGGGGGCUGUGGUGGAGAGGAUUAUCCCACACCCCCUCUACAGCGCCCAGAAUCAUGACUACGACGUCGCCCUCCUGCGGCUCCGGACCCCUCUCAACUUCUCAGACACCGUGGGUGCUGUGUGCCUGCCAGCCAAGGAGCGGCAUUUUCCGAAGGGCUCGCAGUGCUGGGUGUCUGGCUGGGGCCACACCGACUCCAGCCAUACUUACAGCUCGGACAUGCUCCAGGACACGGUGGUGCCCCUGCUCAGCACUCAGCUCUGCAACAGCUCUUGUGUGUACAGCGGAGCCCUCACCCCCCGCAUGCUUUGUGCUGGCUACCUGGACGGAAGAGCUGAUGCAUGCCAGGGAGAUAGCGGGGGCCCCCUGGUGUGCCCAGAUGGGGACACUUGGCGCCUGGUGGGGGUGGUCAGCUGGGGGCUUGGCUGCGCAGAGCCCAAUCACCCAGGUGUCUACGCCAAGGUAGCUGAGUUUCUGGACUGGAUCCAUGACACUGUUCAGGACUCCCUCCUCUGAGUCCGGCUGUUUCCUCCGGUCUCACUGCACACUGCCGCCUCAUGCUUCCUGGGGCCUCUAGCAGCUCCACUAACAGAGGAGAGUCAGCAGCCUCCGAUGCGGAACUCAUGGACCUCCUACUACUAUGUUUGAGAAACAGUCACCACCCACCGGCCAGCCACCCAGCCGCCAGGUCUCUCCUCUUGGGCCCUGAUUUCAGAGUCCUCUUUCUCACUAGAGACUCAAUGACAGAAGAGAGGCUGGGGCUGGGUUGGGAGUACUGUGGUUGCUGAGGGAUGAGUGGGAGGAGGAGAGAGGCUGCUGGAAGCAGCAGGAAGCCUACCUUUUUUCUGCCCUCUCCCCUCCCUGCCCUUGUGUGAGUCUUUUGGGAGGGUGCUGGGAGGUGCCCCAGUCCUGCCUUUUCCCUGUGCUCUCAGGUGGGCUAAAUGCCUCCCUAGAGGACUCCAUGGCUGAGAGGCUCCUGGGAAGAUGGGGUCAAGGCUGGGCCAGCCCAGAUGAAGCCUACAGGAGUCAGGACCCUCUCCACUCUCCCUCUCCACUCCCCUUCCUGUUCUCACCUGGCUCUGGCUGGCCCUGUAUGGGGUGGGUGCACUGGAAAACAAGAAGGUUGGAGUUGGUCUAGGACAUUGGUUUUAAAUGACAGUUCUAUGAACUGGUCCAAGGAGUUCUGUUAUUAAAGUGAUAUAUGGUCUUGGCCCA